GUUUUAGGAAUUUAUAAAAGUAUUGCAAAAACAGAUAACAGUAAAUUUCAAAAUAGUCGAAAUAGACUGUCAAGUGAUCAAAUAGCCAAUAUUUUGAAGAACAUUAAUGAGAUAAAUUUUAAUGAAACAUCGGGAACUAAAGAUUUGCAAGAAGCAAGGAACAAAAUACGAGAGUUGGAAGAGAAGCUUAAAUAUAUAGAAGUUAAGCUUGAAAAUCGUGUACCCAAGAAUUAUCCCUUAGUGACAUUUCUUAAUUAUAAAAAUCGAAAACGUGUAUUAGUAACAGGUGGUGCUGGUUUUGUAGGGUCACAUUUGGUCGAUCGCUUAAUGCUAGCAGGACACGAAGUAAUUGUUGUUGAUAAUUUUUUCACUGGUAGAAAAAGAAAUAUUGAUCAUUGGAUUGGACAUGAGAAUUUUGAGUUAGUACAUCACGAUGUUGUUAGGCCUUUGUAUAUAGAAGUAGAUGAAAUUUAUCACCUCGCUAGCCCUGCUAGUCCACCGCACUAUAUGUUAAAUCCUGUAAAGACGAUAAAAACUAAUACUUUAGGAACAAUUAAUAUGUUAGGUCUUGCUAAAAGAGUUGGAGCAAAAGUAUUAAUAGCUAGUACUUCUGAAGUUUAUGGUGAUCCAGAUGAACAUCCUCAAUCGGAAACUUAUUGGGGCCACGUUAAUCCAAUAGGUCCAAGAGCUUGUUAUGAUGAAGGAAAACGAGUUGCAGAAACAUUGAGUUAUGCGUACGAGCAUCAAGAAAAUAUUGCUGUUAGAGUAGCCCGUAUUUUUAAUACCUACGGUCCUAGAAUGCACAUGAAUGAUGGUCGCGUAGUGUCCAAUUUCAUUUUACAAGCAUUGCAAAAUAAUUCAAUUACAAUCUAUGGCGAUGGCAAACAGACAAGAUCAUUUCAAUAUGUGUCAGAUUUAGUGGACGGAUUGGUUGCAUUAAUGGCCUCAAAUUAUAGUCAACCAAUUAAUAUUGGAAAUCCCGUUGAACACACAAUAGAAGAAUUUGCAUUAUUAAUAAAAAAUUUAGUGGGAGGAACAAGCAAAAUAGUAGCAUUAGCUGCCGUUGAGGAUGAUCCACAACGACGAAAACCAGAUAUUUCUAGAGCUAAGAAAUAUUUAAAUUGGGAAGCUAAGGUUUCAUUAGUCGAAGGAUUAAAAAAGACCAUUACAUAUUUUACUAAAGAGUUACAGCGAUCCAAGUAUUCAUUUACAGAUCAUCAUUUAAAAAGGCCAUAUAAAAAUGAUCAUGAUAUAAUUGAACAGUUAUAGUAAAUGCAUUUUGGGCUAAAUUAUUACGUGCCAAAUAAUUCCUGUCCAUAACAACUUGAUCAGUUUUUUAUUAAUAUAAUAUUGCUGAAUAAUUUAAAUUACAUAAAUUUUUUU